AGCUCUACCUGCUGUGGGCAGUGUUUCUUUUUUUUUUCCUCUUGCUAUGAAAAUUUGCAAUCCUCCUAUUUUUUCUUGUCCUCAAAGGAUCUCAUAAAGCACAAAGUGAAUUGCUUAAAUGACACAAGAUGGAUGAGGCCGACUCAGAAGAAGAACCUUGAUAUUUCAUUCACUUUCAUGGAGCUCUGCUUGUUAUGUCGCCUUGUCCUGCACGCACAGACCUCUCUAGUGCCUGCUUUCUUGCCUGCAGACAAGCAGAGAGAGGCAAAAGAGAGAGGAGGGAGGGUAAAACUGAUGGAGGGGGGGCUAAGAGAGGAUGCAGUAGCCCAACCCUGAAUCAGAAAAAAAAGGGUGGAGGGAAAAAGACAACACAGCAAGAGAGAAAUCCUUCGGCGUGAGAUUUAGUUGUAGUGCAGUGAGCACAUUUGCCCGGGCUCCUAUACAACUGCCUUUUGUGCACCCCCCCACUUCCACUGCAGAGGGGGGAGCGCUUUGCCGUCAUGCCCAAGGGGGAGAAGGCAAGAGGUAUCCUCCAAUCAGCCUCCGCUCCUGCUGAGGAUUCAUCACUGACCUGAGACAAGCGCCGCUCGUCAGUCCAGCCACCUGGAAUGCUCACAAUGCUCUUCAUCGCUUUCCUGACAUGGAAACACCCUCUUGUGGAUGUUUGUUCAUAGCAUGAAAGAGGGACAAAGGCGAGGGACGUGUCGAUUCCUUACACUUUUCUAUUUUUCUGCCUCCGCCUGAAGAUGGACUAACUUUUACACGUGCGUUUCCCAUCCAGCUGAAGCCAUGGGGGGCCAGGGACCGCCGAGCGAGCACGUAGAGGGUGACAGGCGAACAUAGAUGGAGAGAAGGGAUGACAGUUGGAGCACACCUGCCUGCUGAGACCGGUCUGACACCUCACUGCAGCAUGAUUGGCUGCAUGCUCUCCACGGCGGCUUGUUUUCUGCCUAAGUUCUCCACAUUAGGUGGGCAGCCUGUGUGUGUGUGGGGGGGGUCUGCAGCCUCCAGACAGGACGCAGGUGUAGUGAAGCCUUGAACGAGGAUUAGCAGUAAAACCUUGUCGAUGGACCUCUCGCACAAAAAGCAAUGACUGGAGGAUUAAAGAUUAAGGUUCAGCUGACAAGAUGAGGCACCGGAGGCGAGGAGGAGAGAAGUUUCCUUCCAGAUCAGCUUAUCCUUGGAGUCCACUGGGUUCUAUGUGAAUCGGCUGUUAGCGGAAGUUUGGAGGAAUGGGAAAAUGUUUGUAAGGAAAAUAAUCCUCUAUCAGGCACAACUUAUCUAUGAGUGUUAGUUGAAGAUGGUGAUGUCGGAAAAGAGCUUGAGGGCAUCAGUUUAAUCAUGUUUGAGGGAGGAUCAAUAGUCUGAUCAUGUGAUCAUAUCUGAAAACAGGAAGUCGCUGAAUCCACUUCCAGUUUUUUGUGUAUCUUUUCAGUUUUCUGCACAAGUUUUUACCCUGAUAGCUCUUCUGCAAGUGUGAAUAUUUAUUGCAAAGCUUGUAGUUGUGCGCAUCACCUUAUCUCAGCCGCACAGUAGCAAGGUCUCACCGGUUUUGGCGGGCGGUGUCAUGCUUUCUGCACACUAGUAAGUUUUGCUGCAGCCACAAUCAGAAACGGCUUGGAGCAGGCAUUGAUUGUAGGGUAGAUGAGCGAGGCAGAAGAGGGUGCUGACGGGGCUUUCUGCGUUUUCUUACAACCCACAAAAACGGCUGAGAGAGGAGCUGGCAGGAAGGGAAGUCCUGGCCAGUUGAAUUCUUUAAAAGUAGCUUCUCAACUCUUCUGUGUGUAAACGGAUCAGCACGGAGCUGUCUGAAGGAGAUGCUUUGAUGCAUCAAUAAAGCACAAAGUAGAAGGACAUUCUGUGUUUGGAGGAGAUUUCAGGGUUCAAAUAUAAGUUUACUGCAGGUUGAGCAACAUUUCAUGAGUGAGAACACCACCAGAUGAAGGAGCAGAGACGCAGCCGGCUCAUAUUUACCAAGGAUGUGAUGCGCGAUACCCCGAAGAGGACCGGCUUUGAACACCACAACCCCUGCGAAUGAGGGUGGGGCUCCCACGCCGCCACAGACAAAGAAUCCUCACUUGAGAACUGGUCAUUAGCGGUUAGACCUGCACAGUCCUGCACCCCGUCAGGAGUCACCAUGGGGUGCAACAUGUGUGUGGUUCAGAAACCCGAGGAACAAUACAGGGUGAUGUUCCAGAAGGGUCACAUAGGCCACAUGCUGUGCUCUCUUGAUGCUGACGGUCGAUUGAAGGUUAAUGGGAAGGAUCUGCCUCGGCGUUCCGGGGAUCCCAUCCUGGACAUACGGGACCCUGUUCUGUCCAACCUCCUGAGGCGAGGGUCCCGGAGACGGGCCGGCCCGGCGGGAGCUCCUGGAGUCCCGCUGACGGUGACCAUGGGCAUGGCCGACUGUGUGGACAGCUGCACCCAAACAGACAUCAGCUUCCAGCAUAUGUUAACUCUGGGCAAGGGCAACCAGCAUCCGUGUGGGGCUCCGCCCCCUGGAGCCGUACCUCCUCAAUGAGAUCUUCACAGAGCCCGUGUACUAUGACCCCGCCGACUACUUUGACGUGACUCAACAUGAGGUGGACAGGCAGGACGAGCUGGAGUACGAGGAGGUGGAGCUGUACAAGUCUCGGCAGCAGGACAAACUGGGCCUGACGGUGUGCUACAGGACUGAUGAUGAGGAGGACCUUGGGAUCUAUGUUGGAGAGGUGAACCCAAACAGCAUUGCAGCAGUGGACGGGCGAAUCCGCAAAGGAGACAGAAUUCUGAAGAUUAAUGGAGUGGACAUCCAGAACAGAGAGGAGGCGGUAGCUAUUCUCACCAGGGAGGACAGCACUAAUGUCUCCCUGCUUCUCGCCAGGCCCGAGAUCGAGAACGACACCCAGUUGGAUCCAGAUGAGUUGGACCUGGAUGCAGAGGAAGCUGAUGUUCAUCUGAGCAGCAGCCACAGAAUGAGGAACAGCUCCUCCAUCCUGGGGGGUGGACCUGCCAUCGCCGCCGCUGCUGCUGCUGCUGGGGGAGCGUUCCGCAGCCACGGCCUCCCACUGAACAGGAAUUCCCCGGAUUUGCUACAGACAGUGCUGAGCAACAGCCAGGAGCUGGACAGUGGCGUCGGGCGCACGGAUGAAAGCACACGCUACGAGGAGUCUUCAGAGCAUGACCUUCUGGGGGAUGAUCACACCAGCGCCUCCAACACGAACGCAACAAACACGCCGGGCAGCAUGCGCCGGUUCCUGUCCAGCAGAGGCAGCACUCCGCCUUUGCUGCUCUCCCAAGACCUUCAGUUCAGCGCCGACUCUCUUCUGGGUCUGGACUCUUUUAAUGGAGGCGUGGAGCAGGUGGAGCGGCUGGAGAGGGCCUACAUGGCCGAUCCUGUGAGGAUGAUGAUGCCUGGGCUGACAGAGGAAGAGUGCGAGCGGUACAAGGAGCUCCUGGAAAUCAAGUGCUUCUAUGAGAACAACGGGAAUGUUCCAGCACCAGAAGAAGGAGGAAUCUCGCUGGAUGAGAACAGGAACGAGAGCCUGACGCAGCACGAGAUGGCUCUGCUGGAGGAGGAAAUGCGCCACUUGGAGUUCAAGUGUCGCAACAUCCUGAGGGCCCAGAAGAUGCAGCAGCUGAGGGAGCGCUGCAUGAAGGCUUGGCCUCACGAGGACAAGAACGGGACGGCCCCGGGGGCCGCAGCAGGACGCCUGGAGCUGAACGGUUCUUCAGAAUCAUGUCACCACGCUCUGUCAGACAUCAACGAGCUCCCAGAGAGGGACCGCUCCGACAAGGACAGCACCAGUGCCUACAACACUGGAGGAGAGAGCUGCCGGAGCACCCCUCUGGUGAACGAACAGCACCCGUCGCCCUCCACCCAGAGUCUGGAAGGAGGAGAGCCUCUCGUCUCUGCAGGGGUGCAGCUUCCAACCCCAAUAAGACAGAGGGAGAGGGGCACCAGAGUCAAAAGAGGGGACGGGAUGCAAGCGAACUUGACACCCUAUUCCCCGCACUCUCGCAGACGAGGAGAAGCCAGGACUUCCAGUCCAGGAUCAAAGGUGAGGUCGCUGCCCCGGAGGGGGUCAGAUGGAGGGGUGAGGCGAAACCCCACAGCUGGCGGGAUGCCUGAGAUGGCUGGAGGCCGAAGUGCAGAAAACAGCCCGUAUCUGUCCCGCCGUGAGGCUGAGGAGAAGCCCCCCCAGCGUUACCACAGCUGCAUGCAGCUGAGGUCCCCUUCCACCUCCGACUGCCUGGGGGGACUCAGAGAGGGCCCCGCGGAGAUGGGAGGCGAUGCCAGCCCCAUGAGUUUGGGCAGCACCUGCAAAGACGUGGCCUCCCUAUCCCUGCCCCCCACGCUGCUGCCCGCCUCCCCCAGAAUGGAAUGGAAGGUGAAGAUCCGAAGCGACGGCUCGCGAUACGUGGCCAAGCGGCCUGUGAGAGACCGCCUGCUGAAGGCGAGGGCCAUGAAGAUCAGAGAGGAGCGUAGCGGCAUGACCACGGACGACGACGCCGUCAGUGAGAUGAAGAUGGGACGCUACUGGAGCAAGGAGGAGCGCAAGCAGCAGCUGCUGAAGGCCCGGGAGCAGCGGCGCCGGCGUGAGUUCAUGAUGCAGAGCCGCCUGGACUGCCUCCGGGAGAGGGAGCAGGGCGGCGGCGUAGGGGGGCAUGCGGCGGCCCCACAGCAACUGCAGCAGGAGCCCACCACCAUCCUGGAGCUGUGUCACCGCAGGAGCAUGAAGAAGCGCAGCCGCAGGAUCCUGGACAACUGGAUCACCAUACAGGAGCUGCUGGCUCAUGGGAGCAGGUCUGCUGAUGGGAAGAAGGUCUACAACCCACUGUUGUCUGUCACCACAGUCUGAGGACGCAUGGGCCAGAAACAGGCCGAAUCCCAAUUCUUCCACUACGGCUUCUCCCUAUUUAGCCCUCCAAACCAAGAGUUAUAGAAAAAUAGUGGCUAUGUUGGAAUUCCUUCACUACCUGCUAUAUAGUGCGUUCGCUAUUUUGUGGUUCUGUCCAAAUCUACAAUUCAAAAAUCGAGUGCCCAACAAAUUUCGCAGAAGUAUUUGCGAAAAACCAGUCUGCAUCUAUGUGCACUACAUUGGCAAAUAUAGACCACAAUGCAUUGCGUUUGAACAAUGUUUGCGGGGAAAAAAAAAUGUUUAAAUAUAACUUUUUAACAAACCAUCAACAUUUUUAUCCCGGGAACAAAGUAGAGUCAUAGAAAGACCUUGUAUUGAUUAGUGACGUCAUAUUUGCCAUUAAAAAAAAAAGUAGUAAGUACAGUCUCCGAAUUGAUCUUAAAAUCCAGGGCACUAGAUAGUCCUGCUCUAUAUUGUUUAUUUUUUAAAGUAGUUGGGGAUUUGGAUGGGAAUGUUUAUUAAAAUUCGGAUGAUACUCCCACUCAAUGACGUCAUAAACAGUCGACGGCCAUCUACGCUAGCAUGUAGCUGCUAGCGCUCGGAAAAUACAUAAUAACAUCAGUUUUAUAACUUAAAAAUGUCAUGCUAAAACAAACAAAAAAAUGUAAUUACUUACAUUUAAAUGUAAACUUCUGUGCUUCAGGUCGCACAGACGUGAAGAAAUUCUCCUCCGCGCACGGAUCACCCUCCAGGCGGAGGGAUACACAGUCCCAAGUCCCUACAACCAUAAAUAAAAAAAUAAAAAAACAGAAAAAAAAGAUUUUGGACAGGACAUCACUACCACUUCAAAGGAGAAGCUGUAGGAGUUGGGGAAGAAUUUAGAUUCGGCCAAACACUAACAUGGCACAAGUAAACAAUGCAGCAAGAGCAUUUUUUCUUACAGCAGUUUCAAGUUUGUAGAAACUGAAAAAAAACUUUAUUUAGACACAAACACAAACAAGCUGCCCUGCAGCCGUUCAGAGACUCAAGCAAAAAGCACAGAAGGAGUUUAAAUGUGUAGCAAUAGAAAUAUUCCUCCUGCCUGCUGUUCUCCAGCUCACCAUUAAUAAUAAUUUUUAAAAAGCGCCUCAUAUCGGUGGGCUUUGAUUACAUUUAAAAACAAAAGAGGAAAGGAAUACUUCCCAAGGAGCCAUGAAGGGAAAAAGUCACUCCUGUGCCAUAAAACUGUUCCUCAGGCCUCAGCUAGAGGCUUUGAAUGAAGCACAUCUUCAAAAUAAGAGCUUUUUUUUUUCUUUUCUUUUUUUUUUUUUUACUGCGUCUGUGUAAAAUUGCUCUUUUGUUGUGUCAUUGUCUGACUUAAUAAUGAGGUGAGCGGUGCCUUUCAUUUUUCAGGCGGUUGACUGUACAGCACAACUAAAAAGAAGGUAAGGUUUAAGAGAGGAAACGCAAAAGCACAAACUGGGUUUAAAGAAAAUGAGCUUAUACAAGUACACUAACUUCGCUCCACAAAUACUGAAAUACCUGAAAGGCCCAAACACUUUAUUCUGUUGGAGCCAUCCAUCUUCUGAAUCGGCAGAAUUCCUUUGGUCAUAUGGUUGCUGGAGCCUAUCCCAGCUACUGUUGGGAGAACAUGGCGUUCUAUCCAUUGAUUGUAUAAGAGAACCGGCCUCCCCCAUUCUCCUGAAACCUCUUUCAAGUAGUAGGGGUGUGGCCUUCCAACAAGCUCUCCCCUGAUUGGUGAGAGUGGUUGCCAUAGAAACAAGGACUCAGAUCGACUUGGACCAAUCAACUGAUGUAGUCUGGCUCCAACAUGGCAACGUCUGUUUUGUGGGGAAAACAAUGAACAAUUUUGCCAGAACAGGAAGUAAGCCAUCUUCUAUAGGUGACAUCACACACGCUCUGUCCAGUUCUCUUAUACAGUCAAUGGUUCAACCUGGAUAGGCCGGUGCGGGACCCUCUAUUGGAGCUUUUAAUCGAAAUCAUCAAUCUAAAAAAAGUUGAAAGCCUUUUCAGUGAAAGCCAUUCCUACAAAGUCCCCGCUGCAGUCCUGUUUUCUAUCUUUGUGCUCCCUUUACUGUCUGCUGUAUAAAAAACUCAUUUGUAGAAACAGGAUAAAAGCUGCUCUUUUAUCAGCUCUCUUGCAUGUUUCAUAUUUCUUUUCAUAAACCACUGAAGGCUUUUUAAUCCGCUGUGAUCGUUGUCUGACUCGGCUCAAACUGCUAGCUUAGGAAACACGGUGUACUUGUGGAAUAUUGUGAUGUGUCUGUCUUUUACAGUCAAAGCUUUUCUAAAUAAAACGCUGUGAUCAUAAAAGUCGUGGCAGCUCGUCGGGAAGGGGAGGGGGGGAGAAAGAACCAGUCCAAGUGUCCUAAACAAUUCUAAACUUUUAUUUUGCCUAACAAGAGUGAAAAGAAACAAAAGGCAACAGCAAAAAAUGAAAGUUUAUACAGAAACUCACGACAACUGUGUGUCUGUAGUAUCAACAAUAAUAAUAAUAAUAAUAUAAUCCUUUAAACCAGUAAACAAAAAGAAUUGAAAGUGAGUUACAGUGAAGAUACUUUAAUAUGCAAAGAGGAGUCAAAAGGAUGGAAAUGAGGGGAGGAUAUGAGGCGGAGAAAUACAGAUGAUUUUGGGAAAGUAGCACCAAAAACAUCAAUGCCUGUUUUUCUUUAACACUUCCCAAACUUUACUGGGUUUUUACUGAAAAUGCAUGUCCUCUGGAAACAGCUCUAAACACCAUUUAAUACAAAAAAAAAA